CGUUGUCGCCGCCGCCGCCGCCGCCGCCGCCGCCGCCGGGGCUGGAUGGGGGGCAUAGGCCAACCAGUGGCACCCAGAAGAAAGAGACGCGGCGGCGGCAACGCCGACAGCCGCAGGACGAGUGUCUCGAUCCGCCCGCGAGCCCAAGGAGGAGGCGGUGAGGCCCGGCGCCUACGGUCCCUGGUGUAGAGAGGCCGCCGUCGCGCCGCGGCCGGGUCUGCCUGGGCGCUCGCCCCUCAGGUCUCACACUCAGGACCCCGCGCUGCACCAUGUUCAAGAAACUGAAGCAAAAGAUCAGCGAGGAGCAACAGCAGCUCCAGCAGGCGCUGGCCUCGACUCAGGCUCCCUCCAAUUCUUCGACACCAACAAGAACCAGGAGCAGGACAUUUUCAUUUACAGAGCAACUUGAUGAAGGUACACCCAAUAGAGAGAAUGCAUCUAUCCAAGCCACGAAAUCUUCCGACAGUGUUAAUGGAAGUGAACCAACAACUCCUCAGUCUGGUGACAUGCAGUCUUUUGCACAGAAGCUCCAGCUCCGGGUGCUUUCCAUGGAGUCUUUGUUUCGAAGUCCACUAAAGGAAUCUCUCUUCCGAUCCUCUUCUAAAGAGUCUUUGGUACGAACGUCUUCCAGAGAGUCCCUGAAUCGAUUUGACCUGGACUCCUCUGUGGCCACCUUUGAUCCAUCCUCUGAUAUGGAGAGUGAGCCUGAAGACUCACUCCCUAAUUUAGACAGUCUCAGCAAAGAACAGUUGAUUCAGUGGUUGCAAAGAAUGGAACGAAGGUUGAAUAGCUACAAAGGAAAAUGUUCUGAGUUUGUUAUAGCUUAUCAGACUCUUCAGAGAGAGAAGAAAAAGUUACAAGGUAUAUUAAGUCAGAGUCAGGAUAAAGCACUUCGGAGAAUUGGAGAGUUAAGAGAGGAGCUCCAAAUGGAUCAGCAAGCAAAAAAGCAUCUACAAGAGGAGUUUGAUGCAUCUUUAGAGGAAAAAGAUCAGCAUAUCAGUGUUCUCCAGACUCAGGUUUCUCUGCUGAAACAGCGGUUACGAAAUGGUCCGAUGAAUGUUGAUUUACCGAAACCAUUCCCUCAGAUGGAACCACAGGCUGAAGGUGUCUCUAAAGAGAACACAGACGGUGAUAUAGAGCCAGUAGUGGUAGAUGGAGCUUCUGCUAAAACACUGGAGGUGCUUCAGCAGAGAGUUAAGCGGCAAGAGAAUCUCCUGCAGCGUUGUAAGGAAACCAUUCAGUCACAUAAGGAACAGUGUGUGCUAUUAACCAGUGAAAAAGAAGCCCUGCAAGAACAACUAGAUGAAAGGCUUCAAGAGCUAGAAAAGAUGAAGGAGCUUCAUAUGGCUGAGAAGACUAAACUUAUCACUCAGUUGCGUGAUGCAAAGAACUUAAUUGAACAGCUUGAACAAGAUAAGGGAAUGGUAAUAGCAGAGACAAAACGUCAGAUGCACGAAACCCUGGAAAUGAAAGAAGAAGAAAUUGCUCAACUCCGUAGUCGCAUCAAACAGAUGACUGCCCAGGGAGAGGAGUUACGGGAACAGAAAGAAAAGUCUGAAAGAGCUGCUUUUGAGGAACUUGAAAAAGCCUUGAGUACAGCCCAGAAAGCAGAAGAAUCAUGGAGAAAAAUGAAGGCAGAGGUGGAUGAACAAAUAAAAGCUAUUGAGAAAACAAGGGAGGAGGAACGCACCAGUCUUCAGCUGGAAUUAAGUCGGGUGAAACAGGAGGCUGUUGAUGUGAUGAAAAAAUCCUCAGAACAAAUUGCUAAACUACAGAAGCUUCAUGAAGAGGAGCUGGCCAGCAAAGAGCAGGAACUGACUAAGAAGUUUCAGACCCAAGAAAGGCAAUUUCAGGAGCAAAUGAAAAUAGCUCUUGAAAAAAGUCAAUCAGAAUAUUUGAAGAUUACCCAAGAAAAAGAACAGCAAGAAUCUUUGGCCCUGGAAGAGUUAGAGUUGCAGAAGAAAGCAAUCCUCAUGGAAAGUGAAAAUAAACUUCGGGACCUUCAGCAAGAAGCAGAAACUUACAGAACUAGAAUUCUUGAAUUGGAAAGUUCUUUGGAAAAAAGCUUGCAAGAAAGCAAAAAUCAAUCAGAAGAUUUAGCUAUUCAUUUGGAAGCUGAAAAAAAUAAGCACAAUAAAGAAAUUACAAUCAUGGUUGAAAAACACAAGACAGAAUUGGAAAGCUUGCAGCAUCAGCAGGAUACCCUUUGGACUGAAAAACUCCAAGUGUUAAAGCAACAGCAUCAGACUGAAAUGGAAAAACUUAGAGAAGAGCAUGAACAAGAAAAAGAAACAUUGUUGAAAGACAAAGAGAGUCUCUUCCAGGCCCACAUAGAAGAGAUGAAUGAAAAGACUUUCGAAAAACUUGACGUGAAGCAAACAGAACUGGAAUCAUUGUCUUCUGAACUGUCAGAUGUAUUAAAAGCCCGGAACAAGCUAGAAGAGGAACUUUCUGUACUAAAGGAUCAAGCAGAUAAAGUAAAGCAGGAGCUAGAGGCCAAGCUAGAUGAACAGAAAAGCCAUCACCAGCAGCAAGUCGAGAGUAUCAUUAAAGAACAAGAGAUGUCUAUCCAGAGAACUGAGAAGGAAUUAAAAGAUGAAAUUAAUCAACUUGGGCUUCUUCUGAAGGAAAAGGACAAGCAUUUGAAAGAGCAGCAGGCUCAUGUGGAAAACUUAGAGGCAGAUAUUAAAAGGUCUGAAGAGGAACUCCAGCAGGCAUCUGCUAAGCUGGCUCUUUUUCAGUCACAGCAGAGUACUACACACGAGCAGGCCAAAGCAUCUGAGGAGCACUUGGCUCAAUUGCAGCAGAAGUUGUUGGACUUGGAAACGGAAAGAAUUCUUCUUACAGAACAGGUAGCUGAAGUUGAAACGCAAAAGAAGAAUGUUUGUACUGAGUUAGACACUCACAAAAUCCAGGUGCGGGACUUACUGCAGCAACUAGAAAACCAGAAAAGUGAAAUGGAGGAAAAACUACAGGCUUUAACCCAACGCUAUGAGUCCCAACUUAGAGAUACUAACACAGAACAGGCACAGACAAAGCAGAGCUUGAUAGAAAAGGAAAAUGUAAUUUUACAAAUGAGAGAAGGACAGAGCAAAGAAAUUGAAACACUCAAACAGAAAUUAUCAGCCAAGGAGGACAGUUUUAGUGUUUUACAUGAGGAAUAUGAAACCAAAUUCAAAAAUCAAGAAAAAAAGAUGGAAAAAAUUAAGCAGAAAGCAAAGGAGAUGCAAGAAACAUUAAAGAAAAAAUUACUGGAUCAGGAAGCCAAACUUAAAAAAGAGCUUGAAAAUACGGUUCUAGAGCUUAGUCAGAAAGAAAAACAGUUCAAUGCCAAAAUUUUGGAAAUGGCACAAGCUAACUCCACUGGAAUCAGUGAUGCAGUGUCAAGACUGGAAACAAACCAAAAGGAGCAGAUAGAAAGUCUCACUGAGGUACACAGACGAGAACUCAGUGAUGUCGUAUCGGUCUGGGAAAAGAGACUUAAUCAGCAAGCUGAAGAACUCCAGGAACAACAUGAAAUCCAGUUACAGGAAAAAGAGCAAGAGGUAGCAGAACUGAAGCAAAAGAUCCUCCGAAGUGCGUGUGAAAAAGAAGAGAUGAACAGGGAACUAGCAUGGCUGAAAGAAGAAGGCAUUAAGCAGAACACAGCAGUAAGGGAAUUACAGGAACAGUUACACCAGCAGUCUGCUCAGACGAAUUCUCUCUCACAAAAUGAAACUAAACUAAAAGCACAACUUGAAAAGCUGGAGGGUGACUUGAAUCAUUCUCUGAGGGAAAAUACUUCUCUGCAAGAGCGUAUGGUUGAACUGGAGAUGCUGGCAGAAAAAGACAAGCUGAAGGUUUCCGAGUUGACUGACAAGCUGAAAACCACGGAUGCACAAUUCCAGAGUUUGCAAUCUUCACAUGAAAGAAAUGAGAAAAGCCUAGAAGACAAAAGCUUGGAAUUCAAAAAACUGUCCGAGGAACUAGCAGUUCAGCUGGAAAUUUACUCUAAGAAAACUGAAGCCCUGUUACAAGCUAAAACAAAUGAGCUCAUCAACAUUAGUAGUAGUAAAAUUAAUGCCAUUCUUGCUAGAAUUUCCCACUGCCAGAACCACACAACAAAAGUUAAGGAGGCACUAGUGAUUAAAACUUGCAAAGCUUCUGAAUUAGAAGCACAGCUUAGACAGCUAACAGAAGAGCAGAAUACACUAAAUAGUUCUUUUCAACAGGCUACCCGUCAAUUAGAAGAAAAAGAAAAUCAGAUUAAGAGCAUGAAGGCUGAUAUUGAAGGUCUUGUAAUGGAGAAAGAAGCCUUACAGAGGGAAGGAGGCAACCAGCAACAGGCUGCCUCUGAAAAGGAGUCUUGUAUCACACAGUUGAAGAAAGAGUUAUCAGAGAACAUCAACGCUGUCACACUGAUGAAAGAAGAGCUUAAAGAAAAGAAAUCUGAGAUCAGCAGUCUUAGUAAACAGCUAACUGAUUUGAACACCCAGCUUCAGAACAGCAUCAGCCUAACUGAGGAAGAAGCAGCCAUUUCAUCACUAAGUAAGCGAUAUGAGGAACAACAACGUGAAUUGCUGGGUCAGGUGCAAGAUUUAUCUUUGAAAGUUGAAACUCUGAGUAAAGAGAAGGUCUCUGCUCUUGAACAGGUAGAUCACUUGUCCAACAGGUUGUCAGAAUGGAAGAAGAAAGCACAGUCAAAAUUCAUACAGUAUCAAAGUACUAAUAAAGAAUUGCAGAUGCAGCUUGAGUUAAAAACGAAGGAAGUCAGUGAAAAGGAUGAGCAGAUACAUUCACUGAAGGAGACCCUUGAUCAGCAAAAUGAGAGAUUGGUAUGUUUAAAGGGUGAAAUGGAAGAUAAGAAGAGCAAGCUGGAGAAAAAGGAGUGUAAUUUAGAGACUGAGUUAAAAACUCAGACGGCAAGAAUUGUGGAAUUACAGGAGCAUCUUACUCAGAAAAUAACUGAAAUUGAGUCCUUAAAUGAAGCUCUUAACAAAUACAAUCAACAAAAGGACACUGAACAGAAAGAAAUGCUGCAGAAACUUCAGCACAUUCAAGAGUUAGGAGAAGAGAAGGACAACAGAGUUAAAGAAGCUGAAGAAAAAGUCUCAAGACUUGAAAAGCAAGUGUCUUCCAUGAAAUCUGAACUUGAAACCAAGAAGAAAGAAUUGGAAUGUGCGAAUUCAGGUAUGAAGGGCAAAGAAGAGGAGUUGAAGGCACUGGAAGAUAGGCUUGAGUUAGAAAGUGCUGCAAAAUUAGCAGAACUGAAGAAAAAAGCCGAACAAAAAAUUGCUGCCAUCAAGAAGCAGUUGUUAUCUCAAAUGGAAGAGAAAGAACAGCAAUAUAAAAAAGACACAGAGGGCCAUUUAGGUGAGCUAAACACAAAAUUGCAGGAGAAAGAGAGAGAAAUUCAGGUAUUGGAAGAAAAACUUCAAUCAGUGGAGGGUCCACCACAGUCAGAGGUGUCAUCUGGCAUGGCAGCCUGUGCUGAGCAAGAGGAAGCAGGCCUCCAAGGCUGUGUGCAGAAGGCAUACGAAGACAAAGUCAGUGCUUUACAGAGAAGUCUAAUGGAGAAAGAAAAGCUGUUGCAGAGGCUAGAGCAGGAAAAAGAAGAGAUGGUAUCCUCUCAUUCUGAAAUGCAGGGCAGAUACCAGGAGCUCUUAAUAAAGAUAGAACACGCUGAAGCAAAGCAGCAUGAAGAUCAAAUUAUGAUAAAUCAUCUUCAGAAAGAACUUGAAGAAAAAAGCAAGAACUAUUCCUUGAUAGCAUCCCAGCAUGUGGAAGAAGAGGGAGGUAAAAAUAACAUAGGGGCAAAGCAAAACUUGGAAAAUGUGGUUGAUGAUGUCCAGAAAACACUCCAGGAGAAGGAACUAGCCUGUCAGAUCUUGGAGCAAAAGAUAAAAGAGCUGGAUUCCUGCUUAGUAAGAGAGAGGGAAGGGCAUAGAGUUGAAAUGGAAGAGUUGACCUCAAAAUUUGAAAAAUUACAGGCUUUACAACAACAGAUGGAGGGAAAAAAUAAACCCACAGAAGCUUUGGAAGAAAGUGCUGAAGAAAAGUCCAAAUCACAUGUAGUCCAACCCAGAUUGCCUGGUAACACGGAGGCCGAGCACAAUGACCUGGAAUUUAAAUUAGCAGGGGCAGAGCAGGAGAAGCAGAAGCUGGGCAAGGAGAUUGUUAAGUUGCAGAAAGAUCUUCGAAUGUUGCGGAAGGAGCAUCAGCAAGAAUUGGAUAUCAUGAAGAAAGAAUAUGAACAAGAAAUGGAAGAGAAAAUCAAACAGGAGCAGGAAGAUCUUGAGUUGAAGCACAAUUCCACAUUAAAACAGCUGAUGAGGGAGUUCCAUACACAGCUGGCACAAAAGGACCAGGAGCUGGAAAUGACCAUAAAAGAAACCAUUGAUAAAGCCCAGGACGUGGAAGCUGAACUUUUGGAAAGCCAUCAGGAAGAGACAAAUCAGUUAUAUAAGAAAAUUGCGGAGAAGGAAGAUGAUUUACAAAGAACAGCCAAAAGAUAUGAAGAAAUCCUUGAUGCUCGUGAAGAAGAAAUGACUGCUAAAGUAAUGGACCUGCAGACUCAACUGGAGGAGCUACAGAAUAAGUACCAGGAAAGGCUGCAGCAGGAGAGCCCUGGCAAUGACAAAACACAACUAGCACAGAAGACUACUCUAAUCAGUGAUUCAAAGUUGAAAGAGCAAGAGUUCAGAGAACAGAUUCACAAUUUAGAAGACCGUUUGAAGAAAUAUGAAAAGAAUGUAUAUGCAACAACUGUGGGAACACCUUACAAAGGUGGCAGUUUGUACCAUACUGAUGUCUCGCUCUUUGGAGAACCUACCGAGUUUGAGUAUUUGCGAAAAGUGCUUUUUGAGUAUAUGAUGGGUCGUGAGACUAAGACCAUGGCAAAGGUUAUAACCACUGUACUGAAGUUCCCUGAUGAUCAGACUCAGAAAAUUUUGGAAAGAGAAGAUGCUCGGCCAAUGUCAUGGCUCCGAUCGUCAUCUUGAAGAAACGGGGUGGUGGUGUUGGGCAGGCGUGGAGCCCUGUCUGGGUUUGCCUCUUUGAGAAGCAAGCUGUUAUUCAGGGCCCGAUAUGGAGCCAAACACCAGGAGAAACCUGACAUUGGCCCGCAGAUAUAUUGCAGACUGCCUUUCAGAUCGAUUAUAUCAAUGGAGAAAUGGUGAUAGUUUUUUCCUUUUUUGUUGGGAGGAGUUUUAUGUUGUUUUAAAAGAUAUUUUGAGUAACUCAACCUGACUUAUGGGCUCAUUUAAUGUUCCUUUCUUCCAUUCUUUUUGUCCCUCUUUUUGAAGAACUGCUUGCCUUUCCUAUUUAUUUUUAGGGUGAUUUCUUUUAAAGACUUGUGCAAUACAUUUUGAGGUGAAACUUAGUAGAUUUUUUCUGAUAAAUUAGAGCAUUUAAAUUGAGUAUUUUAUCCAGAUUGAUUUGUUGAAAAUUUGCUAAAGACUAGUUCUUUAAGCUAUACAUAUGAUAAAUCCAAACAGCAGUACCUCAUUGUUUACUUAGCUUUUGUACUUAUAUUUUUCAGAGGAAAAAAUACUACUGUAAAUUGUAAAUAGUCAAUAUUGUAUUGUAUGCAUACUGUAUUGUAUGCAGAUCUGUGACUGUUGGCAAUGUCAUCUUGGAAGAACAGAUAAAUAAAGUUUAUUUACUAUAUAAA